AUGGAUAAGUUUUCCAAUGAUUACGUUCAUAUAAAUGAGCAUUUUUCAGUUCCAUUUGAUGGCAUAGAAUUGUCUAAUGAUAAUAAUAAUAAUAAUCCAAUUCAUUAUAUAAACUAUGGAAUUGAAACAUUUACAUCGCCCACAUGCUUUGCUUAUACCAUGCAUUUGUUUACUUUGAUCACUGCAAUUCUUGACCAACCAAUAAUUUAUCCUAGAGAUUUUGUUGAAAUUUAUCCCAAGUUAAAACUGUUGGAUAUUUCCACUCGUGAUAUUUCUCAAUCAGAUCGUUGCCAAGCAAUUUGCAUACUAAAGCGUAACAUCAUGUCUUUGGGUUCAAGAUUUAAUUUAUAUCUGACGCCAGAAAAGCAUGCGUUGUAUAACUUGAAAUAUUUAUUUGAUCAUUUUCAGAACAAUUUAUUAACAAACAUAUACCAACAUGAUAUUGUCGGGUUUGUAUAGUUGUUUUGUUUUUCUUCAAAUAAAAUACAAUGUGGACUUCUUUUGAAUGACUGAUCAUAACAACAAUUUGAUUAUGGAUUGAUUGAUUAUGAAUAUGAUGAUUAUCUCAUUUUAUCUCAAUAUAUUUUGCACUUGUUAAAAUGCAUUAAAUAACGCAGAUAAUUAAUGACAGUGUGUGUGUGUGUGUGUUCUAACAUGUAAAUUAUAAGAGCAAUUAAUGUGCAUAAAAAUAGUUUUAUCUAAUUAAAAAGUACAUGAUAUUUAUACUUAACAAAUCAAUAAUUAAGACUUGUGUUUACUCUGUAAAUAUAAGUACACAUAGUUA